AGCAGCGCGCCUCAGGCCACGCACACACAACGCAUAAAAGAAAAGACCGGCUCCACUCAACAAUCUCACAAACUACCUCCCAGCAAUCACUGGAUUGUUUUAAAUAUUGCAGUUAAAUAUUACACUUUAUUACGAGACGGGGGGGUCUGUAUCUGUGCUGUAAGGAAAGAAAUGAACUACAAUACAUUGUGGAUUCCUGUCAUUUUGUCCUUUGUCAUUUUAACUUCUAAAGUUGGUGGAAAUGGAGUUCAUAAAGAUGACUUUACCGAAAAGCCUCCCGCUGUGGACGGCAGUGAGGCGGACGGGCCGAACUCCCUGAUUAAGUUCAAUAUGCGGAAGUCUCUGGACCUGGAUGAGGACGGCUGCUACCUGCAGCCAGGUCGACGGGAGUGUCUGCAGGAGUGUGGUUUCAAUGCCACAUCUAAGACCAUCCUUAUCAUUCAUGGCUGGACGAUGAGUGGCAUGUUCGAGAGGUGGAUGCACCAGCUGGUGUCGGCCGUGCAGCGGCGGGAGGCCGAGGCCAACGUGGUGGUGGUAGACUGGAUCCCCCUGGCGCACCAGCUCUACCCCGACGCCGUCAACAACACGCAGCUGGUGGGCCACAGCAUCGCCCGCCUCCUGGACUGGCUCCAGGACGAGCUCCAGCUGCCGUUGGAGGGAGUCCACAUGAUUGGCUACAGCCUGGGCGCACACGUCGCUGGGUAUGCAGGGACCUUUGUGCGAGGGACAGUUGGCAGGAUUACUGGGCUGGACCCGGCCGGGCCCAUGUUCGAGGGCGUGGACUCGGACCGCCGGCUGUCCCCGGACGACGCCGACUUCGUGGACGUCCUCCACACCUACACGCGGGAGGCCCUGGGCGUCAGCAUCGGCAUCCAGCAGCCGAUCGGGGACAUCGACAUCUACCCCAACGGCGGGGACGUGCAGCCCGGCUGCGGGCUGGGGGACGUGCUCUCCACUGCGGCCGCAGGAAAUUUCGUGGACGUGAUGAAGUGCGAGCACGAGCGGGCGGUGCACCUGUUCGUGGACUCGCUGAUGAACCGGGACCACCUGAGCUUCGCCUACCAGUGCACCGGGCCCGACCGCUUCAAGAAGGGCAUCUGCCUCAGCUGCCGCAAGAACCGCUGCAACAACAUGGGCUACAACGCCAAGAAGAUGCGCAAGAGGAGGAACAGCAGGAUGUACCUGAAGACCCGCGCAGACACGCCUUUCGCAGGCUACCAUUACCAGAUGAAGAUGCACGUGUUCGACAGGAAGCAGGCCAAAGACGCGGACCCCACCUUCACCGUGCAGCUGUACGGCGCCCACAGCGACACCAGCGACAUCAGCGUGGAGCUGCCCGACAGAGUGGGGCUCAACCUGACGAACACCUUCCUCGUCUUCACGGAGAGCGACAUUGGGGACCUGCUGAAGAUCAAGCUCUCCUGGGAGGGCGCGUCCGAUUCCUGGUCCUCCAUGUGGAAGUCCCUGAAGAGCUCGCUCUGGACCUGGUCCAGCGUGCCCACCAACCAGCGCCUGCAGGUCCGACGGAUACGGGUCAAGUGCGGAGAGACUCAGAAGAAGUUCACGUUCUGUGCUCAAGACCCUGCUGCCAUUGACAUCGGCCAAGGGAGCGUGCUGACGUUUGUUAAAUGUCGUGACGGCUGGGAGGUGAAGCCAAGAAAAAGAAUGCACUUUUAAAUAGAGACUAUGCACUUAUCCAGGAGCCACUGUCACUGAACGGGACCUGUGCCAGCACCAGGAGUUAAGCGCACUUCGUGCACAGUGAAUGGAUGCGGCGGCUGUCCAAUCAGCUGCUCGAUGACAUGGACCUCACUGUCCAAUGAGACGCCUGACGGCAUUGGGACAUGCCUGCCGUACGGCUGGCCAUGGGUUGGUUCUCACAUACUCUUGAAAUUAUGAAGGAAGCACUGCUUGGACAGAGUUACAGCACCUGCCUGGUGGCACCUCACAGAAACAUCUAGACUGUUCUGUCACGGGGCGUUCAAGAUCUGACUGGUGACGCGAUCGGCCAGGCCCCCGCACCCCCACGCCUCCCCGCGUCCCCCUCCAGUGCCAAAACACAUAGGUGUUGGGAUGUUCGAAUGCGUGUUGCACAUACUGCAAAGUUUUGAGCUGUGUACUGGACAUGUGUAUGGGGCAUGACUGAUUUGUUUUAUGUUUGAGGGGGGGGGUGGGGGGUGUUGUGAACGUUUGUGCUCAUUGUGAAAACACUGUACAAAUUUAAGCCUAUUGUAAAUCUUCAGGAUUUAUGCGUUUGAUUUAUUUUGUGUGUACUAUAAUUUAUUUUGUGUGAUGCGGUAAUGUGUUGUGCAUUUGUUUAUAAUGUAAAUAACUUUUUUUGGAAAAUUAAAUUGUUCACUGGUUUGUAAUAA